GACAAUUUAAGAAUUUUGAUGUCUUGCAAUCCCUGAUAAAAAACCUAUUCGGCACGAAAUUCAGGAUAAAUUAGUACAUCCUCAAUAACACAUGAUUAAUUACAAAACUAAGCAAAAAAUAUUCUUCAUAAAGAUCUUACUUAUUAGGGAUUGUUAUAUUAUUGGGUUGUGCAGAAAAUAUUGCAGGUGUUCAUGUUUUCUUUUAAUUAACUCCCACAUAUAAUAAACUUUACAUCGGAUGGAUUAAUGUCAACACUGUAAUCUUCUUCCAAACAAAAAUAUUUGUUUACCUCAGCAUCAUUCCAUUACUUUUGAAUAAUUCCGUCUUUACUAAGAUAACGUGUGAUUUUUGUUUAAUUCGUUUUCCGAGUUUAAAUUCAGUCGGAAUGGUGCCCAGAUACUAAUGAAGUCUGGGGCGAUGGCAGUGUGAGAAAGAGUAUGUUCGAGAGGGAGACUUUAGCCUUGAAUACAAAGAAGGUUGUGGAAGGAUUUCUUCCCUAGAUGAUGAUGUUCAGCGAGCUCCGGCCGAAGCUUAACUCCUUUAGCUUCUGAUUUCUUCAGAAAAUCUUUCAAUAAGCAACUUGUCUUAAGCUGAUUGAAAGGUAAAAAAGCUUGAAAGUUGAGUUCCUCAUGCAUUAAACGACUGCCAAAAAAAUUCUUCGCACGUGAUGAUUUUACCAAAAAAUGUUUUUCUGUUUUUAAGCAGGAAAGAAAGAGUACAGAUAAAGUAACAAUUUUAUAAUUAAUAAAUUUAACUGUAAAAUCCAGUUAUUUAGUUGUUUUACUUUUACCAUUUGAUAGAAAUAGUUGAUAAAAAGAUUUUGAGUUGGAAGCUAUCUCUGUUCAAAUUUUGUGGAGUUCAAAAUAAAUUAAAUCUUUGGUCUAAUCCUUGAGCGUUUCACUACUAUCAUACAAUUAACAAAAAAAAAAAAUCUCUUAAACAGAGAAGCAUCAUCAUUAAACGCUGUACAUAUUUCGUGAGCAACCUCAGUCACUUCCAAACCAGGUUUGCAGUAUAAAGCAAAAUAAGGUGAAUUUGGGCUUCAGCACUAAACCAUACAUAUAUUAACUGAACGAAUGCUUAACUAGGACUGGAUUAGAGUUUAAUACCAUCUUUAUAAAUAGUAAACAAUGAUGUUUACCAUAGGAAAGGUCGCAUUUCAACCCAAUCAAUAACAAAAACUAUAAAACCCAAACAAUCAUGCAAACCCAAAACAAGAUUAAUUAAAAAAACAAAAAAAACAAUACUAUUUAAUAGGACGUGGUAUCAUAAAUAUUUUAUCCAACAAAUAACAAGUGACAAAGCUUACAGAGGUACAGAGCUUCCAAUAUAAAUUAAGUCUCAUUUUCUACUCAGCCAGUAUUGACUUAAGCGGAUUUAUUACUAUUUAUGAGUAGUUUUGGAUAUCACAGUGAUUAUUUUUGUUAUGUUCAAGUUAUUAAUAAUUAAGUUAAACAUACUAACAUAUGUAUGUAAUCCUGCGAUAUUUAUCCUGCUUCUAUUUCUGAUUACAGGUUAUUGAUUGCCCUUCCGCAUCACGUGAUUGAAGUGAGGGAUAUUAAUUUGAAAGGAGGAAAACAGUUUUGUUUUCCAACUGUUGACAAAGUUGUUAAGCUCUUGUACUGCUCUACAGUGUCAAUGGUAAACUUGAAAUAUGAUUAAUGGAUAUACAAUAAUAUAAUACAAUUAUAAUACCCCGUUUUCAUCUUUUUCGUAGUAUUCCUUGAUUAACAGACAGUAGUAUUAAACACGAAAAUAAAAAUAAAUAGGAAAUUAUGUUGCGACAUUGGAAAAGAAGCAAACACGGCAAGGGAAGGAAGUUGCAUACACUCGAGUUUACACCAAUUGGGACAAAAGGGUGUCUUCUGAUGAAGAACCCCAGUCCAUGAGAGCGAGGAUUGCCGGGAGAGUAACUCCCAGCAGUUCACAGACAGGUGGAGAAGUUUUAGAAAUGAUAGAACUGCCUGUUAAGUUCUCGAAUACAACUAAUUUCACUUGCUGUCAGGAAACAGGUAAUGUUCUUGUUAGUUGUGAACGAGUCCUUUGCCUCUUUCAACUCGUCAACCGAACGCAUGAUAUAUCUAGGCUUAAAUUUCUUGAUUUUGAGCUAUGGCCUGUAACUCUGGAACUGAGUUUUGCUCCACUCGAUUUAGCUGUGUCGGAAGAUGUAGUAGCUGCUGUUAAUGAUUCCUGUCUCCAUGUGUUCAGGAUUAACAAAGGCUUUGCUAGGCCUACAGACUGGAGUAGUUCUACGGCAAACUCUUCACCACGAAACAUGGCAAAAAACAAAACAAAAAGAGAAAUCAAAACAUCAGAUGACAAAAAGGAGAGAUCUGUAAGCCCAGUGAGGCUCAAUGAACUCUUACGAGAAGUCUCAGAUGGUCGGAAUAAUCAUGAAAGUAAGAAAUUAGCCAAUGGGUCACUCCCUGUAUUAGCACUUUUACCAUCAGUAAAAUGCAGCAUGGCAAAUAACCCUGCAAGAAAUCUCAGAGCUUCGCCUUUUAAACCCCCAGGCUCUGUAACAAUGGGAGUGGCUAUAAAAGAAAUACCUAUAAAUGAGCCCUGGGCAGAACAAAUGACUACAAUGGUAGAAAGUUUAUUACAACUUGAACUUGGAAAUUGGGAUGAACAGUUAAAUAAAGAGAAAUUCACAUGUCUUCUUUUAAGACCUCAGUACAAAAUAAAUACACAUUAUCCUUCAAAAUCAGAAUCAAGUUGUCCAAGAAUGAGAUCCCCUGCUUAUUGCAACUUAGUCGCUUUCAACUGCCUUAUCUGUACACAGCAGGAAGGAUUUAUGUACCAUUUCCCAGUAUAUGAAGGCGAAGUAAUGAGCUUGGGAAAGUGUAUAUCAGAGUACAGUUUCACAGCCCCGGUAAAACAUAUUAUUCUUGAACCUUAUCUUCUACAUGCCAUCACGACCACAGGAUUGGAAACUUACACUCUGAGGACUGUACAUGCAAUCGAGGAAGACAGCAAUGAGGAGACUUGUCCGCCUGUUGAAGAGCCUAUUUCACUCAUCGGCAUUAAACCUUUUAUGGGAGUUGUCAAUUUAUUAUUGUCAGACUCUUACAUUAUUAUUUUAACAUCAUCUACUGAAUCAGCAGUGAGGGGAGACGUAAAUGAACUAACACUCUAUUGCCUACGAUUGCCUUCUCCUGGAACACUUUAUACAGAUUUUUUAGCCAUCGGUUCGACUCAUAAGUUUACAAACCCGGUGACAUACUGUGAAAUGUUGACCGAAGCGCACAGUUUACUUCGAUCGUUAACUCAUGUCCAUUCUGAUCCUGACUAUUCCCCUCUUCAGAUGGAGGUCGAGCUAUUUAGGGAAUCUUGCGCUUUAGUCGCCGAGUAUUACCUUAGCUGUGACAACGAGGAUGAUUGGACGAUGGGUUACAAAUUUAGCCUCGAAGCACAGUUGAAUCCGACACAGUUUAUGGACAGACUGAAGAAAUUGGACAUUGAAGCUAAAAGAGUUGGAAUAGAACUGAAUCUUACAUGUGGAUUGAUCCAUUAUUUAAAAUUGUGCCUUACUGCGAGUGACGAAGAAGAUAAAAUUCCAGUAGGUGCUCUCAACACCCUUUUAGACCUUAUUGAAUCAAAACGAGACAAUUCAAAACCUUUUUUAUUAUCGAUACUCAUCCUAGAAUCAUCCGUGCUGCGACAGUUUUCAACGGAAAGGACAAUCCGUAUGAUAUCGCAAAGAAUCCAGGAUAGCAAAGUUACAGACUCUUUUGAUUGUUUGGCAUUAGCUGUUCUUUACAUCACUAAGGGAAGGGCAGACAAAGCUGGAGCUGCUUUGGGUCUCUCUAAUGAAAAUGACGUAUUGAUUGAGCUCCUGCAGAAAAAUUGGACCCUUCUUUUUGAAAACACCAGACAGAAAAUAAAAGUUUCAUCUGAUGACUGGGAAGGCGUCACUUUGUCUGAACUCUCAGUUCUUUUAAUCGAUAAAAAACCUAGAGAAUUGGCUGAAGUAUUGAGUUCCUUAGUAUUAAAAAGCUGUGUAUUGAACCUGCAAGACGUUCUUCAGGUGUUUUUAACUUAUUUGCCAGCUCGUAUGGGCACAGGAGGCACAUUAUUGGGUAAAGUUUUGCAAGAUUUCCUAGAAAGCGUUUUCCAUGGAUGGUACACGAUCAAUUCCGAUUGGAAGCCCGAUCAGAACGAAGGACAAGACGUAGAAGGACUCAAGAUCUUAAUGAGAUCUUAUUUAAGUAAUAUUGUCAAACCAGAAAAAUCAAGUGAAGUCAUGUGUCCAGAAAAUCUUUUUGGUGCUAAGAGACCGCAUGUUCUUGAUCUUCUGCCUCCAUUUUCCCAAAUGGACUGUAACAGAUCGCACCAUGUCAGCUUGCUCAAACUCCAGUGCCUUUUAUGUAGCGGUUGGCUUGAAGAAAGUAGUUUAUCCGAAUUAACCCAGUUUGUCGGCGAGUAUAUGCCAGAAGAUAUCGGGUUCAGCCUCCUCGUACUCGCCAAUCCAUCAAAAGGAGUAGAAAUGAUGGUCGAUAAAUAUCCAAAUCUAUUGCCCCAAUUUGCCAAAGAUAUGCUUUUAUCAGAACCAGAAUUGAAGCACCUGAUCGCGACAAUACAAACAAAAAUUGACGAAGAACAAGAAAGCUAUAAAGAGGAAGAUCCCGAGUCAAGACUCUACACAAAUGUUUUAGAAGAAGUCCUGAACAACCUGGCAAGGACUUUGAGCUGUGAGGAAUUCACAAAGAUACUUCCACCUGGGAAAGAGUUCGAGGGAUAUAUUUUGAAAUGCCAGCAGACAGCUCAUGCAUGCCACCUCAAGGACAUGAUCAUGGUGACUGGCCACAGGCUGAUGGCCACAAUGAAUCUCAAGUCAUUUACAUAGCCUUUUCUCACACAAGGAGGCCCACCAAUAAGGCUUCCUUUCCACGGAAGUUAUAUCUCCGUUCACUUGCCGCAAGAACCCAACUCCUGUAAAGGUAUGUGUAAAUUGUAGACUCUUGAGUUAGAUUCGCUCGAACCAAAAGAUCUCUCUUGAAAAUAAUCUUUCUGUUGACAGUGUAAAAAAUAAAACUAACAAACAAGCAUUCCAGGAAACCAUGUUUAAAACAUACCUUAAAUCAGUUGUUUCAAAUAUUAAGCUAUUAAAAAGUUAUCCAACUUAUUAAAAUAAUUAUUAAGUAUUGUAUAGAAUAUGUACAUUGUAGAAAAACAAAAUAAUGAGCUUUGCAGAUAAUGUACAGCUAUUGCAACCAUACAAUUUUUCUUUCUGUUGUCCAAAAAGAGUCUAAAAUUGAGAAAGUAUGUUAGUUUUUAAAAUAAGCUUUUACUGUAACAAAGUAAAUUCUUUUUAUCUUGACUCUCUGGAGAGAUCUUUAUUUUUAAUUGACUGUACAUUAAUUUACAGUCAAGUUAAAUCAUUAGGGCGAUCUUGAAAACAAGGGAUAAAGACCAUUAAAUCACCCCCUCUACAAUAUGCACAUACUCAAAAAUAAUGGUGCUCUCUCCUUAGUUUUAGAAAUACGCUGAACUAAUGAUUUUUAAAAUAUGCAUGUGCCUUUGCUACAAUCAGUUUAUUAAACAGAGUUGGCAAAUGAGAUUAGUGAGAUUUAGCGGUGGACUAUUGUGUAGUGCACAAAGUAUUGUGGAAAUUAAAACGUGAUCUUUGUGGGUUGUGAAUCUUGAAGAUGUUAAUCAUAUAACUGAAAAUUGUACUGCAUACCUUGCUGCACCACAACUUUUUUUUGGUAAUGUUGAAAAACAAAAAGGAGUAUUGUUCAAAUAAAAAAUUAUUUGCAGUUUUAAUGCAUUAAGGGAGUAAUUACAUGAUCAUGUGCUAUUGUUUUAGAUGCUAUUGUUGUAGUUUUUGAUUUGCUUUUUAUAGCAAAGAAUAUUAAGCAAUAUUAAGCAUUGAAUGCAAUAUUAAUAUUGAAGCAAAAAAAUGUUUAUAAAUGAUAUAUAUAUAUUUAACCUGCCAAAGCAGAAAUAUAUUAGAUUGAAUGCCAUUACAAUUUUUUACAAUACAAAUUUACAAUACUAGUCAUUAUAAUUUAAUCGAACAAAUUAUUUUUAUUGUUAUUUAUGACAAUGAAAUUCUCAAUUGCUUUUAUUGUAAAAGAAAAUGCGAGAAAGUCAGUGAGUUACCCGCUGUCUUUUUCAUGAAACAUAGAUUUUAUUAAUUUUCUGUUCUAUAUUUAUGUAUGCUUAUCUUAUCUGAUGCUGUGCUAAAAAUAAGUAUUAAUAAUAGGUUGUUUUUUGAAAAUCAAUCAAUUCAAAAUGUGGGCCAAUUUAUUAAUC